CCCCUUGAAGCAACUCUCUCUCUCUCUCUCUCUCUCUCUCUCUCUCUCUCUCUCUCUCUCUCUCUCUCUCUCUCUCUCUCUCCAUUUGGAUUAGCACGUGAAGGAUUAACUGCAGAGACAAUCAGAGAGACGGCAUAAUGUCGAGGGAGCGCAAGAAGGCAGCUGCCCUACAGGAGAAGAUGCAGAUUCUGCGCUCCAUCACUCACUCCCACGCGCUGAGCAAUCCUUCCAUAGUCAUGGACGCGUCAGAGUACAUCAAGGGGCUGAAGCAGAAGAUCGCGAGGCUCAAUCAGGAGAUCGCACGCGAGGAAGACACGCACUCGCACAAGCAGAACUCUUUCCCCACGGUGAGCGUGGAAGCCCUAGGGCAUGGGUUCCUCGUGAACGUGUCCUCCGACAAGAGCUACCCCGGGUUGCUCGUCGCCGUGCUGGAGGCGUUCGAGGAGCUGGGCCUCACCGUGCUCCAGGCCACGGCGUCUUGCGCCGAUACGUUCCGCCUCGAGGCCGUCGGAGGAGAGAACCAGGCGGGGAGUGUGGAUGAGGAUGUCAUCAGGCGGGCGGUGCAGCAGGCCAUCACCAACUGCGGCGCGGAGCAAGGGGAUCAGUAGCUAGCUGCUUACGUGCCCCCACAUAUUCUUCUCGAUCUGCCGGCCCAUUUGCAUAGUUUCAUGGCUCUUCUCUCGAUCUACCGGAUGAGCUGCGAUGAUAUAUACAUCCAGCUCAAUCUCUAGCAAUUCACCUUGUACUAUCUGUUGAUGAGUGAUGAUGGUAAUUCUAUCGAAAUUGCAGGUA